UCUACGUUCAACUACUUUAUCGAGCAACUUAACUAUUUGCUUGGCUAGUUCCAACUUCUGUAAAUCUUAUAUAAGAUCUCCUGAUGGAUACUCAGAUACAUGCCAGCACUUUAUUCUCUUCCCUGUCUAAUCUUCCCACGUUUCCCACCUCAAAAUCUUGUUAUUUCUGGUAAACUGCAUCUGUCCUUUUUCUACUUCUGUCUAACAUAUAACAGUAUCUUAAUCUUGUCCUCAAUCCAAGAUCUUUUCUGAUCUUGCAUUUACAUCUGUGCAAGAUGUGGGCUUUGUGUUUUGGAGCGUUGGUCAUUAUAAGUUUCACACGUUGGGUUUACCGCUGGAGAAAUCCCAGAUGCAAUGGGAAACUUCCCCCUGGCUCAAUGGGAUUACCACUCCUCGGCGAGACAUUUCAGUUCUUUGAGCCCAACUUUUCCGCUGAUAUUCCUCCCUUUGUCAAAAAGAGAAUGAAAAAAUACGGGCCAAUAUUCAAGACUAAUUUGGUAGGAAGGCCAGUGGUAGUAUCGACAGACCCAGAUCUUAAUUACUUCAUUUUCCAACAAGAGGGACAGUUAUUUCAGAGCUGGUAUCCAGAGACAUUUACACAAAUCUUUGGAAGACAAAAUGUAGGUUCAUUACAUGGGUUCAUGUACAAGUACCUCAAGAAAAUGGUGCUAAAUCUCUUUGGUCCUGAAGGCCUUAAGAAAAUGCUCCCUGAAGUUCAAAAAACAACAUAUGAUAGAUUAUGGCUAUGGUCUCAUCAGGACAGCAUUGAACUAAAAGAAGCAACUGCUAGUAUGAUAUUUGAUCUGACUGCAAAGAAGCUGAUAAGUUAUGAUGAAAAUAAUUCCUCAGAGAACCUGAGGGAGAACUUCGUUGCAUUCAUGCAAGGCUUAAUCUCCUUCCCUUUGGAAGUACCUGGAACAGCAUAUCACAAAUGUUUACAGGGUAGGAAAAGGGCAAUGAAAAUGUUAAAGAACCUACUACAUGAAAGAAGAGCAAAGCCGAGAAAGCACCAAAGUGAUUUUUUUGACUUUGUACUUGAAGAACUUCAGAAGGAGGGAUCAAUUCUUACAGAGGCAAUUGCUCUGGACUUAAUGUUUGUGCUACUAUUUGCUAGCUUUGAAACCACCUCCUUGGCCAUAACUAUGGUCAUCAAAUUUCUCUCGGACAGUCCACUGGCACUAAAGCAAUUAACGGAAGAGCAUGAAGCAAUUCUGAGAAAUCGAGAAAAUGCCAACUCUAGCAUUACAUGGAAAGAAUACAAAUCAAUGACAUUUACAUUUCAGGUCAUCAAUGAAACGGUUAGAUUGGCAAACAUUGUUCCAGUAAUCUUCAGAAAAGUGCUCACAGAUAUCCAGUUUAAAGGAUAUGCCAUUCCAGCUGGUUGGGCAAUUAUGGUCUGUCCUCCUGCAGUACACUUAGACCGAGCAAAAUAUGAAGAUCCACUUACCUUCAAUCCAUGGAGAUGGGAGGGACGGGAAAUAACUGGUGCAUCAAAACAUUUUAUGGCUUUUGGAGGAGGCAUGAGAUUUUGCGUUGGAACAGAAUUUACAAAGGUGCAAAUGGCUGUAUUUCUUCAUUGCUUGGUCACAAAGUACAGUUGGCAAGUAAUUGGAGGAGGAAAUACAGUCCGAACUCCUGGUUUACAAUUUCCUAAUGGUUACCAUGUUCAGUUCAUGGAGAAAGAAACAGGAUUUAAAAAGUACUGAGAAAUUCCAGCUUGGCCUCUUACCACCCAGAAUUGCUAUAUACAAGCUGCAAGAACGAUGGCGGUUAACACAGCAUUUGAAGUGUAUAGGCAUCAGAAACAAGGAUAGCAUUCAUUCCCCAAGCAGAGACCAAGCCGCAGUUUUGAGAAGGAUCGCGCCAAAAUUUUUCACCUUUUUUUUUUUUUUUUUUUUUUUUUUUUUUUAAAUUGUUCA